AUGUCAGACUCCGUACUCCUCGUCACUUCUGAUGACCCUCCUGUCAACCUUACCGCCUCGCGCACCACCCUCACCGUCCAGUCGCGCGUUUUCCGUGACCUCCUCGCAAUGCCCAGCUCCGCGUCUUCCGAGCCCGCCCAGCUCAUGCUCGCUGAGACUGAAGCUGAGAUCCAACCUUUCCUGAGCGUACUCUCAGGCGAGGAGGGUGACGACGCUUCCUGGUGCAAGCUCGACGAUGCGGGUUGGCUUUCCCUCGCCAAGUUGGCGGACAAGUAUGAUUCGCCUAUCGUUCGCCACGUCGUGCGCAUCCAGGUGUGGCGCCGAAUCGACGAAGCAGGCGAUUCCUUUCCCGCCCUCAGCCUCGCUACGCAUGUCGGUCCCGCCAGCGUGAUCAAGGCCGCCGCUCUUUCGGCGCUUGCACAUGGCUGGAACAAGAAGAAAGGCGAGUUGGCGCCUGGAGCAGCGGACCGACUGGAUACGUGGAUAAAGAGCAUCAAAGCGAUUGCAGCCGCAAUUGCUGUCGAGCAUUCUGACUUGACCUCGAGGGUUACAAGCUGCCGUUGCGUCCACGAGGACGGCGUAUCGGCAUGGCAAAGCUAUCUCUGGGAUUGCCUGCGAGCCUUUGACCCACGCAGGCCGUUCCCAGCUGAGAACGUUCAGUACCCGUACUGUUCGGCCCACCGCGGCAUUGUCGAAGCAACGGCAAGUAACAUGAACGUCCAGUACGAGCAGUCGAUGCCUCCCUUCCCCUUCUGA